GAGAGAGAGAAAGAACGGAGGGAUCGACUUUCAGAUGACAUUGAGGCGAUGUAGAUGCCAGUUGGGAAUAGUGCUCCCCUCCGCGCGCCCGCUUGUUGAUGUUAGAGGCUGGCACAGGGCGAAGCCGCCGCUUCUCCGGUGAGUUCAGCACCGCGUGCCCGCGGACAGCUCCCUCCUCCCGCCAGCGUUUCAGCACCACCUGCCGCCGGACCGCUCGCGCUCCCAGUCAGCCGCUCAGCACCACCUGCGCGCGGACAGCUCCCCGGUUUCAGCACCCCCCUUCCUCCGGACAGCUCCCCGCAGCGAGGCGCCCGGACUCCCGCCCCUCAGGACCGCUGUGGGGCUUCGUUUCCAGUCUUUUAAUGGAAAUAAAACACAUUUAUGUUCCAAGCAACACUGGAAGUUUACAACUUGGGGAGGAAUCUACGGAUACCUCGUUGCACGACUCGCGACCGCAGACCAAACCUCUUCGGAAGAGCGCUGAGAUUCACUGUUAAGGGAAACUGAGGAGCUGGAGUCUGGAAGUUUAAUCAAGAAGCGUAGAUCACCUCCACAACACCAACCAGAACACCAAGCUGAAAAACACCACCACGAGCUGCUACCAUAACCUGGAGACAUGGCGACCAACGGCACCAAGAGCACGGACGGCCAGGUGGCCACGGAGCUGAACGAGGUGACCACCAACGACAGACCCAAAACUGAGGAGAGCAAAGAGGAUCUGAAGAAGAAGAAGGACAUUCCGGACAGAGAGACGUGGGCGGGGAAGUUUGACUUCCUGCUGUCGUGUGUCGGCUACGCCAUUGGUCUGGGCAACGUGUGGAGGUUCCCUUACCUGUGCGGCAAAAACGGAGGAGGAGCCUUCUUGAUUCCUUAUUUCCUGACCCUCAUUUUUGCUGGGGUUCCACUGUUUCUGCUUGAAUGCUCCCUGGGUCAGUACACAUCCAUCGGAGGACUGGGAGUAUGGAAGCUGGCGCCAAUGUUUAAAGGUGUCGGCCUCGCCGCAGCCGUUCUGUCCUUCUGGCUGAACAUUUACUACAUUGUGAUCAUCUCCUGGGCCUUAUACUACCUAUACAACUCAUUCACCACUGAGCUUCCGUGGAGAUCAUGCAACAAUCCCUGGAACACGGAGAAAUGCUUCACAAACUACAGCAUCGCAGACACCACCAACCUCACCAGUGCAGUCAUGGAGUUCUGGGAGCGCAACGUGCACGAUAUAACCGACGGCCUGGAAAAACCCGGUCAGAUCCGACCGCACCUCGCGAUUACCCUCGCCGUAGCCUGGGUCCUGGUGUACUUCUGUAUCUGGAAAGGUGUGAGCUGGACUGGGAAGGUCGUUUAUUUCUCCGCCACCUACCCGUACUUCAUGCUCUUCAUCCUGUUUAUCCGCGGCGUGACUCUGCCCGGAGCCACGGACGGAAUCAUGUUCUACAUCACACCCGACUUCGAGAAGCUCAAAGAGUCCGAGGUGUGGUUGGACGCUGCUACUCAGAUCUUCUUCUCGUACGGUUUGGGUCUGGGGUCUCUGAUUGCGCUCGGCAGCUACAACCCUUUCAAUAACAACGUUUACAGAGACUCCAUCAUCGUGUGCUGUAUAAACUCCACCACCUCCAUGUUCGCUGGUUUCGUCAUUUUCUCCAUCGUGGGCUUCAUGGCUCACGUCACAAAGAGAUCCAUAGCUGAUGUAGCCGCUUCAGGUCCUGGCCUGGCGUUUUUAGCGUAUCCAGAGGCUGUGACGCAGUUACCCGUAUCUCCACUGUGGGCCAUCCUCUUCUUCUCCAUGCUGCUGAUGCUGGGGAUCGACAGCCAGUUUUGUACAGUGGAGGGUUUCAUCACCGCUCUGGUGGACGAGUUCCCGAGGGCUCUGAGGAAAAGGCGGGAGAUCUUUAUUGCAUGUGUUUGCGUCGUAUCCUACAUCAUCGGCCUGUCCAACAUCACACAGGGUGGCCUCUAUGUGUUCAAACUCUUCGACUACUACUCCGCCAGUGGAAUGUGUCUGCUGUUCCUGGUGUUCUUCGAGUGCAUCUCUAUCUCUUGGUGCUAUGGUGUGAACAAGUUCUAUGAUAACAUCCAGGAGAUGAUUGGAUAUAAGCCCUGCAUAUGGUGGAAGCUCUGCUGGGUUUUCUUCACUCCUCUGAUCGUGGCUGGAGUGUUCCUCUUCAGUGCAGUCCAAAUGGUUCCCCUCACCAUGAACAACUAUGUGUUCCCAGCGUGGGGGCAGGGUGUGGGCUGGCUCAUGGCCUUGUCCUCCAUGAUCCUCAUUCCAGGCUACAUGGUGUACAUGUUCCUCACCUUGAAGGGAACGUAUAAGGAGCGAAUCAGGAUAAUGCUGCAGCCUCCAAAGGUGGUGAGGUCCCAGGAGAAUGGACCUGAACAGCAGCAGCAACCAGCGGCGCAAACGGCUCAACCGGCGCAACUGGAUCAACCUGCCCAACCAGCUCAGCCGGCUCAACCUGCGCAGCCGGCUCAGCCAGCACAACCGGCACAGCCUGUGCAACCUGUGCAGCCUGUGCAACCAACUCAACCGGCACAAGCAGUGCAACCAGCGCAGCCAGCGCAGCAGCAACAGCAGGUACAGCAGCAGCAACAGCAGCAGCAGCAAGCUCAAUCACCCCAACAACAGCAGCCACCGCAGCAGCCACCACAGCAGCCACCACAGCAGCAGCCACAGCAGCAGCAGCAGCCACAGCAGGCUGACACCACCACCCCGGCCAACCCCGGCAAUGCAGACGCCAACGUCUAAAGCCCUAGCUGAGAGCAAUCAAAGAUGAACAAUACAGAGGACUUCCAUGUUUAUACAAUAAUAGAAUCAUCUACCUCCAGGGGCCAAACAUGAUCCAAUCCAAUCUUUAACAAAUUCUAUGUGUGACAGUUUGACUUUCAGGUUUAGAAAUCUCACCAGCUCUUGGGUAGGAGUUCUAAACGUGAGGGUGAAGCGUGUUCGUGUCGAAAAAAAAAAAAAAGAAAGAGAAUUAACAAAAAAAUAUAAAAAAUAUCCAUUAUACUGUAUGCGAGUGAUCCUGUCUAACGUGUUAAUACUGUGAGUUCGAUUUCAAAAAGCACAGCGCGUCAGUGCAUAAGCUAUACAUAUAUAUCCACGAGGAGUCUAAUAUAUAAUAUAAUAUAUCAGAGUCUAUAUACAGUACGUAUAUAUAUAUAUAUAUAUAUAUAUAUAUAUAUAUGUAUAUGUAUAUGUAUAUGUGUUGCUCAGAAGCUCACAGCAAACUGAGCUGAAGGAGAUCUGGAUAAUAUAAAUGAGAACUAUCAGAACUAUCAAAGAUAUCAGAGAGAUAUAUUCAUAAACAUAAACCAGGUGAACAUAAAUGCCUUUCGUUGCGAAAUCCAAAAUAUAUAUAUAUAUAUAAAAAAACUACCCCCGAUCCCGACACGCCUCUAUUUCAAAAGGAGACGAGACGAGGCGACGAGUGGGCUGAGGGGUCUUUCUAAACUAAACUUUCUAAAAAUCUAAAGCACAAAGAAACCUGAAUUACAGGAGAGCCCUUGGGGUGACCCACUAUCUGACUAUCUGACACUAUCUGUCGUUUUUUCGAUAUUUUUGUUAGAGAGACUGUUACUAUAUUCGUUUUUCUUUCGCUGGAAGGAGAAGAAGAAAAAAAAAGGAGAAAAAAAAAACGAGAUAAAACCUACUUUAUGUAUGUGAUCGAAAAAACAUUUUUAGAAUUCUUUUUAGGAUGUUUUGUACACUUAAUGUUGUGAUCGAGGACCAAAAUUCUAGACUAAAGCAAAAACAGUAUCUAUGCCAUGCAGUGUAUAGGUUGCAGAGGACAGGGUACAAAAAAAAGUGCGGAACCUGAGAAUCGUUAAAAAAAAAGAACAAAAAAUAAAUAAAUAAAUAUAAAAAAAUACAAAAAAAAGAGCGAAACAAAACCACAGGGUUUUUUCUUUUCUUUUUUUUUUUUUUUAGUGUCAGCAUCCGCCUGUCGACCAGUGCUGUCAUAUCAGUCCUGUUUACGCUUCUGUGCUUCUUAUCAGGUUAUCAGGAAUCAUAGAUAGAAGGCAAAGCACAGCUGAAUCUCUGAAUCCCUGAAAAAAAAGAGAGGAGAAACGAACGAGUGAGGCGCUACUUUCCAACUCGUAAUUCAACGACCAAACAGAUUAAAGAUAGAGCAGAGGUGUAAUUCAUUCACGUGCCAAAACGCCAGACCAUAUCUGUGAUCGAGCUGAAACUGGAAACGAGGAGAAAAACAAAGGAGGGCGCCUCUAAAAUAAGAGAUUCUGACCGUUUACAUUAAGAAAUGCUGUCUGCGUUUCUAGGAUAAGCACAUUUCUCAGAUAGGAGUGUUAGAGUGUUAAUGUGGAGUGUAUUUUCUGUGUCGCGUUCUUGUUCUCAUCUGAAAGCACAAGGCUUUAAAGCAGCAUUAUGUGAGAAUUGUGUAUUGGUAGCUGUGAUUUUUUUUUUUUUU